AUGGUUAUACAUCCACAUGAGUGGGACUUUACCCACACUCAGUGGAGAGGUUUAGUUAAUGCUGGUGUAGUAGCAUCUGCAGUCUCAUUUGCAGCCAAUAGUUGUGUUUUAUUGAUACAUGGCAUCAUAAGCUAUUAUCGGCAUGCUAUUGUCAAUCGACUCUCACUACGUAUGAUCGCCUUAUCUUGUGUUUUUAAUAUGAUUUAUUGCGCAUGUCAAUUAGCUACUGAUAAUACAGCUGCUAUAUCUCAUAAUUGUUAUGUUAUGACUUUUGUGCUAGUAUCAUCGGAUGCAAUGGCCUGUAUGUGUUUAACAAUGGUUGGCUUAAACUUGGUCAUGAUAUUUGUGCUAAAGACAGCUCGAUCGCUGAAAAUAGAAAUUUGCUAUUAUAUUUUGAUUGCUGUUGUUGGCAUAUUAGUGUCUACUAUUCCCUAUAUUUAUGGACCUAAACCAAUUCCACAGGAAAACUUUGAUGAACAUAUAUCAUGCUGGUAUUAUUUUUAUUUUGAUGGACGAAUGACUAGAGUAUUUAACUGGUUGUGGUAUUAUUCUUGGUUACUAUUUUCUCUUGGUAUUGCUGCAUUAUGUACUGCAAUUUCUAUAAGAUUUGUUAUAAAAAAACAAAAGAACUUUAAUGGAGCGCUAGAUAUAUUUACACAAAGGAAACGGAAUACAAACGAAAUUUCGACAGCGGCUAUAAUUAAAAAAUAUGCAGCUAAUAAUACAAAUAUAUUUCAGAAAAUUGCCUUACGAUGUAUAUUUUAUCCUUUAGUUCCACUUAUAUCAAAGUCUUGGGGUGUGGGUAUUGAAAUUGCAGCAGCUAGAGAGGCAUACAUACCUUAUGUAAUUUUUGUGUUUGAUCGUGUCUUUUCUUGUUUACUUGGAUUUCUAUUUAAGAUACGAUAUGUUCAUGAUUACUUUUGCCUUCAGUACCAACCUGAUCCUAAUUUCAAAGCAAUGUCGCAAUACCCUUGCAUCCUAAAGGCUACACCUCUAUUGCAUCAUUCCAACUCUAUUUCUAAAUUUAUGCAAGCAGUAAAUCAUACAUACUUUGGUCAUGAUUUGGAUAAUGAGCAAAAUACUUUUCACAAAGAGGAUAGAUCAGCUACUUCUCUUCGUAGUUCUCAGGAAAUUGUCAUUCAUAGAACAUCUGAAAGUUCUCAGCCAGAGCAAGGUGUGCCAAUUAUGUCGCUGCAACAAAAGAAUAAUUCAGGAGAGAUUACACAUUAUAAUAUUAUUUAUGUUGUUUCUAUUGACGGGAAGGCCUUUUCACCUAACGAAAAUAAAGAUAACCGCCAUCUUCUUACUUCCAUUCCUAUGCGUCGUGUAAGUAGCAGUAGCAUGGAU